AUGCAGCUUCUUGAAGCACUCUCCGCACCUCUCACACAGGCUUCUCAAUGGCUCACUUCUUUGUUCUCUCCUGAAGAUGCUUCACAAUCUCUCUUUCCUUUCAUUCCUAGACCGGUUAAAUUGGCGGUUUUGCUGGUCUUGAUUCUAAAUGCAAGAAGUUGGCCUGGGGUUUGGCAUUUCCGCGUGUUCAAAUCGGUCAUCAACUAUCGACUGAACGAGCUUUUCACCAAGCGCAAAGACAGCUAUAAAUUUAUUGCCAGCCUUAGCCCUAUUGGACGAAGCGUCUUUCCUACCGCGGACGGCGCAGACCCGGGUGCCAUUAGUGUGCUGAAAUCCUGGGCUGCCUUGGACGACUGUGACUUUAAUGGACAUCUUUCGAACUCGUGUUAUGCGAAGAAUUUGGAUCCCGCUCGGAUGCAAGCUUGGGUAGAAUGGUGUCCUUCUUUGUUCCAGGACGGAGCAUGGGUUGCGUUGGGAGGUGCACACUACCAUUAUAUUAGGGAAAUACCUAUGAAUGCGUCGUAUGAGAUUCGAGUUAGUAUUGGUGGAUGGGAUGAAAAAUGGAUCUACCUUGUAGCCAAAUUCGUUACUCGUCCUAAAAGAAAGUCUAAAUCAAGUACACCAAAUGCUCAUUCGGCCACCGCUACCUCGAUUCCAUCUAUUACUACUCCUUCGACUCCCCUCGGCACCGAGCCUUCGACUCCGGGCGAGCCAGCUCUGAGUUCGAGCGGGAAAGUUACGCCCCUGGACGCAUCGCGCGUGGACACAAAACUUACCUCCAAGCCUAUCCUUCGCACUCAUGACGACGAUGGCGCAUUGAUUCACUGUGUCGCUGUAUCAACCUAUUGUUGCAAACAUGGACGGGUGACCGUUCCCCCCAAGAUCGCUGGCUAUCUCUGGGUUCUCAUUGACCGAGGCAACUGGGAGCAUGCGACGCAUCUGCGUGAGCGUGGAUCGGCUCGUAUGACCGAGUUCCUGCGUGGUGGAUGGAAAACAGAAGAGAACAAGUUCUGGGAGUUGGGUCCCGAGGUCGAGGCGGAUCGAGCAAGGCGGAUCGCAGACUUGAAGAAGCUGACUGAGGGAUUGGAUGGGUUGAGGGCUUAUUAG